AGCGCACCAACUAACAAUCCCCCAACAUGAGCAGGGCCAGCAUCGAGCAAGCUUUGACUGGGUUGGUCCCCACGCUCAAUGGGCCACUUCCUCCCGAGCUGAUUGACGUUGCCCUGUCUCUUCUGGCACGCUCACGCAGCGUUGCCCAUUCGCUGAAGCCGGACGAGGAGAUAGCGCGUCCGUACGCAUGUGCGCAGCUGGCUUGCGAGAGACUCAAGAAACGCCUCAAUCUACCCUCAAUAGCAUCUCGCCCGCCAUGUCCACCACGAGUGUACAAAAAGCUAUACAACUACCUCGCCAGCGCCCUGCCUGACUCGUCGACCCCCCGCGAGCCACAAACACCACAAAAGAACCCAACAUCCGCGUCGGCCUCUACAAAGACUACGCCGAAAAUGCCCAUGAGCGCCAGGAAGACACCGCAGACUGCUCAGAAGACCGACACUGGGGCAGGAGAACCGCCAGCAUGGGUUAUGCCCUGCAUUCGUGUGCUCGUUAAGAAGUUCUCGUAUCCACUCGCUGCACCUCACGUCUACACCGGCAUCGAGUCAAUCCUGCCAAUCAUGGCGCGCAUGUCCGCCACAACUGCUGAGACGCCCAGCAAGCGACCGCGGCGAGCUGCGAACGUACCACAGGCUCCUAUGGUAGCCGUUCCAGAGACCAAGAUCUUUGGCUUGGUCGUUGUGGUGUUCCUCUACGCUUUGACAAGGAUGAUGAACCAGGACGUCACGCCCGAGCAGUACGACGAACGCCGCAACAUGGCUAUCCGCACUCUCCUUCAGCUGCCAGCUGCCAAAGAUGUUGCGUAUGAUGAGCUGUCGCCAGAGACAGAAGAGUUGAUGACUGUGGCACAGCAGGAAGGGUGGUUGCAGAUGGAGUGGUUCUUGAACAUCUCUCCUCCCAAAGACACAGACAAGAUGGAAGGCAUCGAGACGGCGGACGAGAGCACACUACAGUCGACAGCAAGCACAUCUCCGGGUCUCAGAAGUGGUGGCAGCGACUAUAUUGGCAUCGGCACCAUGGUGCAAGAUGCCACCGACUACUUGGGCGAACGUCAACGGCAAGAUUACAGGACUUGGAAGGCAAAGAUCAUGGCUCGCAUUGAAGAGAUUGAGGCAGGUGCAUGAAAGGUCACUCGUCUCUACCGAAGCCAUGUGCGGCA